AUGGAUCGAGUCAUUUCAUCCUCAACCAAAAAACCUAUCUUUGUGAUAGAUCUGUCUGAACAAAGCUCAAAUCCUAUGAUUCCUGAUUCGUUUAUUUCGAAACAUUUUAAUGGCAAAUUUCAGUCUACGAAGCUGAAACUGACGUCGGACGCUUCGGACAGAGCCUGGGAAGUGGGAUUGGACGGACAGAGAUUUGCCGAUGGAUGGAAAACAUUCUCUGACCACCACUGUGUCCGAUACGACGACGUUUUGAUUUUCAGGCACGACGGGGAUAUGGUCUUCCACGUCACACCCUUGGGACGCAGUUUCUCUCAUCAGAUACAGUUCCUCUCUUCUACCUCUGACGAUGAAAAUGACGACGAUGAUAGUGGUAGUGAAGACAAUAUUUUUGAUGAUGACGAUGACGACGACAAUGCCGAUGUUAAAGAUGAUGAUGAUGAUGGUGAUGAUGACUAUUCGACAUCGGAAGAGGAUUUGUAUCCAAAGAAAACUUCGUCGAAGAAGAGAGCAAGAUCAGAAAAAUCAUAUCUUGUUGCGCACGUCACAGCUUCAAACUUGAGCCGAAAUCAUAUUUGUCUUACAAACAAGUUUGCGAGGGCAAAUGGUCUGAACAACAGGCAGUGUGAGAUUGAUCUAAGGAAUGAAGAAGGCAAAUCUUGGACUAUGGACCUUAGACACAACAAAACAACUGGUCAGGCAUUUAUCAGCAGAGGCUGGAGAAGUUUCUGCAAAGAAAAUGGGCUCAAAGCCGAAUCUUUUUGUAGAUUUGAAUGUGUCCAAAGCGGGACAAAACCCGUCUUACAGUUGUGUCCCAACUCCUCUAGCAUUCCAGAUGGAAACUCUUCCAAAGUCAACGAGAAACGGAAUGUUUCUGAAACCGAAGGUGAUGAGAUUGAAUCCCCGGAUCGCUCACAGACUGCAGCUUCAAUGGUUCAGAACAGGAUUUUUACAUUAGCACUUAAACCUUACAUGCUCAGGACAGGUCAACUUCGACUUCCUGCAUCAUUAUCAAGAGGUAACGGGAUCAAUGAAGCAGGAGAGAUAACUGUAGUAAACAAACUCGGCGUAGAGUGGAAGUUGCAUCUCGUUAACAUCAAGGGACGUGGACAGUUUUACAUUAGGCGUUUUAAAGAUUGCUUUGUCGCCAAUGGCAUAAAGAAAAUUAAUGAUUCCUUUACAUUGGAGGUUGUUCGAGGAGGAACUAGUCCUAUUCUCAAGAUCUGCACCGAGACAUCAUUUGAUGGCGAUAAGAAUCAUCAGGAGAGGAAAACGCCGCAGACGGUUCAAGCAUUACGGGCUGGAGAAGCGACGGAGACUCCAGUUCAAAAGAGAUCUCGAGUUUGUGUGGAAGGUGGACCAUCUCGCUGCACUAGGGCAUCAAACAAAUCAAGUGGUGAGCCAGAAAACUUGCAGGGCAAGCAACCUCUUCAAUCUUGCUCAAUCUCUGAUCAAGUGACAAAGGUGAAACAGAGUAUUGUGGAGACUUUAACUGAUGUUAAACGGUUUCGGUCGGAGCUCGAGAUAAAGGAACAGAACCUAGAAGCUUCGCUGCUGGAAAUUGAUGAGCUAGGGGAAAAGAUAAUGGGAAUCAGCAAAUUCUUCAACAUUAAUCAAGUUUAA